CCACUAGAAACAGCAGCUGCAAAAUUCGCCAUAAUCUCCACCUUGAUCGAAUUCAAUUCCUGCAGAAGAAGAAGAAGAAGAAGAAGAUGACGGUUACUUUACUGGAGACUCAAUUCCUCUCGAAUCCAGUUGCGGCGACGUUCAAGCUUCAACGUGGAGCUCUUCCAGUUCCUGCAAAGCGAAUUUCGGUGUCGUGCAGGCGCGGGGCGGAUGAUGAUAGUGAUUCGUUGAGGCAAAGUGAGAACCGUUUGGUAAAAUUGGCGCUGGUUGCAGUAGCGGCAGGAGUGUUGACGCUAGGCUCUGUCGAUCCGGCUUCGGCCGGAAAGAGUGGCGGUAGAGUCGGCGGCCAGGCUUUCCGUUCAGCGCCGGCGGCGCCGCCGCGAGCAUCUGGACCUAGAGUCGGCGGUUCGAGGACUAAUGUGUUCAUCAACCCGCCAGUUGCUCCUCCGCUAGUUGGUGGAUACGGUUACGGCUAUGGUGCGCCAUUUUACGGGGGUUGGGGUUGGUCCCCGUUCUCCUUCUUCGCCCCCGGUCCAAGUGUCGCAGUUGGUGUUGGCGGCGGAUUUGAUCUCUUUGCUCUGAUUAUUUUUCUCAGUAUAGUUUCUGGUGUCGUUAGGAGAUUCUUCAGAUCAAGAGAAGACGACGACGACUACUGAAAACAUAAACAAGCAAUUCUCUGUUUCUCGAGUGAACUUUCGCAGAAAUGUUGUAAUCUUAAAAGCCCCUCAUGUUCGUAUAUAUAUGCAUAGAAACCAUUUCGAUCGAAUAUAGCUACCAAAUGUUAAUAUCCU